ACCUCUGGAAGCCUUGAUUUUCUCAUCUACAUAACAUGAUAAUAAUAGAACCUCUGUCUUGCUGCUUUUGAGAAUUAAAUGAGUGCCUGGACAUAAACACUUGAAUUAGCUUUAGCAGAAGAGAUAUGGAGGAGCCAUAGAACAUUAAGGAUGAAUUCAGGAAGACCCGAGACCAUGGAGAACUUGCCUGCUCUCUACACUAUCUUCCAAGGAGAGGUUGCUAUGGUGACUGAUUAUGGAGCCUUUAUCAAAAUCCCAGGCUGUCGGAAGCAAGGUCUGGUCCAUCGAACUCACAUGUCAUCCUGCCGUGUGGAUAAGCCUUCUGAGAUAGUAGAUGUUGGAGAUAAAGUCUGGGUGAAGCUUAUUGGCCGAGAGAUGAAAAAUGAUAGGAUAAAAGUAUCCCUCUCCAUGAAAGUUGUCAACCAAGGGACUGGAAAAGACCUUGACCCCAACAACGUUAUCAUUGAGCAAGAAGAGAGGCGGAGACGGUCCUUCCAGGAUUACACUGGGCAGAAGAUUACCCUCGAGGCUGUCCUGAACACUACCUGCAAGAAGUGUGGCUGUAAAGGCCACUUUGCAAAGGAUUGUUUCAUGCAGCCAGGUGGGACCAAAUACUCUCUGAUACCUGAUGAAGAUGAGGAGAAGGAAGAGGCAAAGUCAGCAGAGUUUGAGAAGCCUGACCCCACGAAGAAUUCUAGAAAAAGAAAGAAAGAAAAGAAGAAAAAGAAACAUAGAGACAGGAAGUCAUCUAACUCCGACAGCUCAGACUCUGAGAGCGAUACAGGCAAGAGGGCAAGGCGCACAUCAAAAGACAGCAAGGCAGCAAAGAAGAAGAAAAAGAAGAAGAAACACAAGAAGAAGCACAAGGAGUGAGAGUGCGAAGAGCAGAGGGGGUGGUUGAGAGGAGGAGGAACCGGAGCCUGUGCCCUGCCGCCCCGGCUCCUAAAAGACCCAGUAGUGAGAAUGUGGCUUCCCACCCCAUGACUUCCCUCCCGCGGGAGGUGGCUUCACCUCAAGUAGCAGGCAGGUUUGGGAGUUACAUGUCAGAACCAUCUGCCUGAAUGAGUUGUUUCCUUGUCAUUCCUGGUCCAUUUGCAAAUGACACCUGCAGCUUACCCAUCCAUUCACCCAACAUCUUUUAUUCAGCAGGAGGCCCCAUUAUCCUCUCCAGCCGCCACUGCCAGAGCCUGAUUCCUGUACAGGAGUCCAGGCUGGAACCACAGUUACUGCUGUGGUGGUGACUCUGGCUGUAGUUGGAGAACAGAGCGAUUGGCCCCUCCCUGUUGGUUUGCCCUGGGCUGAUUGGUGGGUGAUCUCUGCUGCACCCAACCAGCACUGGGGCAGCUAGGAGACUGGCAGUCUGAGAAUAUGGUAAGAAGUGGUGCUCGCUGUUUCCAUGCCCCCCAACAUAAUAGUUUUACUGUGCUAGCAGUGACAGCCAGUGGUUGUAACCACAAAACCAUUGUUCACAGUGACUGAGCUUGUGUGUGACAUUCUGCCAGACCACCAAACCAGACAGCUCAAGCCAAGAUCAUUGCUUUACUUUGUGUUUACCACUGUAUGAGUCAAUUGGUUCUACUUCAGGUUUCUGCUUAAAUGCCUGGCACUAAAUGGAAGUGUGUUUGGUUUUAGACUUA